GCGUGCAUUUGUUUAAAAAGUGGCGGCGGGUGAGCGGGGCCGGAGGUGCGGAGAUCGCUGUGUUUAUCGGUACGGAUUGUAGGGGGGCUGACAGGAGACACGGAACGCCUCGUCCUCCUUCCUCGGUGUAUACAGAGACGUGUGCUGUGUGAAGGCGGAUCUCGUUUCUCUCUCUCCCGGUUUACGGCGCCGUGUCAUGGAGCAGCUGAUAGUGAACAGGAUGGUGCCCGGGAUGGUCAUAAAGAUAUUGCGGAGUAAUGGGCUGGUCCACACUGCCAGCGUGACCUCCGUCAACCCGGACCGGGCCUCCGUCCAUGUGGAGUGGAAGGAAUCGGAUAUAAGUAAAGGGAAGGAGAUCUUGUUUGCGGAUGUGGUGUCGGUGAACCCCGAACUGCUGGAAGCUGCGUAUGACCCCCCCAGUAAGGAGAAUAUGCCCCCACAGAGGAACAUGGCCGCACAGCAGCAAAAUCAAAGACGCAAAACCUCCUCCAGAAUUCCUGGACUGACUAAAGAAGUGACUGCUACAACAGGGGUCGGUGUUGAGAGUGCAGCUCAGACAGCCCUUCGCGGUCGUUCUAUCAAGAUGUCCGCAAUUCCUGAAACCCGUGCGAUCGACCUGGAUAUGGAGGUGGAGCCUGUGCCCCAACCAACUGUACAGCAGAGUAUAAAUAAUUCUAUGAGAACGAGAUCCACAAAAUACAACAGUAUCGGAGAGAGCCGGUUAUUGCCACGAGUGAAUGAAUUGGUGGAGGAGUCGGCGGCCUCCACUGCAAAGAGCAACGCAGCCAGAAGAAAGUCCAACAUAGUGAAUGAGAUGGAGAAAAUGAAGAAUAAAAGGCAAGAACAGAGAGCUCAGAACUCCGAGAUGAGGACCAAGCGAGCGCAGGAUUGUGACACAACCGUACCCAACUGGGAGUUUGGGAAGAUGAUCAAGGAUUUCCGAUCCACCCUGGAGUGCCACCGGAUCAGCAUGACCGACUCGGCUGAUGAACAUCGUAUCUGCGUGUGUGUGCGGAAAAGGCCUCUCAACAAGCAAGAGCUAGCCAAGAGGGAGUUUGAUAUCGUAUCUGUCCCUAGUAAAAGUCUGGUUCUGGUACAUGAGCCCAAAUUCAAAGUGGACCUCACAAAGUAUCUAGAGAACCAGGCUUUCCGCUUUGACUACACCUUCGAUGAGACGAGCGCCAACGACAUCGUGUACAGGUUUACAGCCCGGCCUCUGGUCCAGGCCAUAUUUGAAGGAGGGAAGGCCACAUGUUUUGCAUACGGUCAAACAGGAAGUGGUAAAACCCACACGAUGGGUGGUGACUUCCUGGGGAAAAGUCAGAAUGUGACAAAAGGAAUCUACGCUUUUGCAUCACGGGACGUCUUCCUUCUCCUCUCCCAACCCCGCUACCAGGAUAUGGAUCUGGAAGUGUUUGUGACGUUCUUUGAGAUCUAUAACGGGAAGGUAUUUGAUCUCCUAAACAAAAAGGCGAAGCUCCGUGUUCUGGAGGACGCUAAGCAGGAGGUGCAGGUGGUGGGGUUGCUGGAAAGAGAAGUCGCGUGUGCGGAGGACGUCUUUAAGAUGAUUGAGGUUGGCAGUGCCUGUAGGACUUCCGGUCAGACGUUUGCCAACAGCAGCUCCUCGCGUUCUCACGCUUGCUUGCAGAUCAUCCUGAGACGGCGAGGGAAGCUUCACGGCAAGUUUUCCUUGGUAGAUUUGGCUGGGAAUGAGCGAGGUGCCGACACCGCCAGCGCAGACCGCAUCACCCGUAUGGAGGGGGCCGAGAUCAACCGCAGUUUACUUGCCUUAAAGGAAUGUAUCCGUGCGUUGGGACAGAACAAGGCUCACACCCCAUUCCGGGAGAGUAAACUGACCCAAAUCCUCCGAGAUUCCUUCAUUGGGGAGAACUCCAGGACUUGCAUGAUCGCUAUGCUGUCCCCGGGAUUAAGCUCCUGUGAAUACACGCUGAACACUCUGCGAUACGCUGACAGGGUGAAGGAACUGAAUCCUCACAAUGCGGAGCCUGCCGAUAAUCAGCAAAUGGAGACGGAGUUCAGUGACGGCUCUCGGUCCUCCUCCAUUGGAGGGUCGGAUUUCCAGGAUGAUCUCUCUCUGAAGGAUGAAGAGGAACUUUCCACUAUGAACAGUUUCCAGGACGCCAUGAGCCGGAUGGGGGAGUUGGAGGAGAAAGCUGUGGAGGAGCUCCGGGAAUUGGUGCAGAAAACUCCGGAAUGGUCCAACCUGCUGGAGGUGACGGAGCAGCCGGACUAUGACCUGGAGAACUUUGUGACGCAGGCGGAAUAUCUCAUCAACGAGAGUUCCAAGGCCCUCAUCUCAUUGGGCGAGUGUGUGACGUCCCUGCGCGCCGCGAUGCAGAUGGAGGAACAGGCCAGCCAACAGAUCACCAAGAGUAGGCGGCCUGUGAAAUGAUGACCCCCCCACCCCCGUGUACAGCGCCCCCUGUACUUUAAGCACUGUUGUUGUUGUUAUUAUAAAUAGUUUGUUUGUCUUUUUAAUGUUUGUCCCUUUUUUCAGACUUGUUGUGCUAUAGAGCUAAAUUCUGUAUAAAGUUUUAUUUUUUAUACUGAGGAUCAAUUUACCCGACCAGAAGACCCUCCAGUCGUAUUUCUUGAAGGACCGCUCCAGUCGCCUGCUGGCGUCUUUUUGGAAAGACUCGUAGAUCCCUAUUGGUGGUCUGUCAUUGCUUCCCCUUAGAAGGCCAUAAUUGAGUGGUUGGGUCUGUAUCCUACACUACAAUGGAGUCCAUCAGGGGGGACGCCACCCAUUGGCUUCAAAGUGGCCCAUAUAGUCUGAACAGAAAAUUCAAGUUGAUCUUUCAGGUUGUGUUUGUGGCUUUUUUGGUUUAACUUGCCAGCAGUUGUGUAAUUUUUGGGUGAACUUGUUGUGUUUGGAAUGGGUGGAGUUGGCCUUUAUGUGGAUUGUCAUGGGUUGCUGUGGUAAAUAUGUACUCUGUUGUUGUAACUUCAUUUUUAAAAGCUUAAAAAUGGAGGAAGGACUUGUCUAUGGGGAAAAAAAUCGCCACAUGGUCACCUUCGUGUGUUUUCUGGCCAACAAUAGAAGAUGGAUGAAGAUUCUGGUUGGGUGGCGCCCCCAUCUGUCCGUUCCUCCAGUUUAUGUACAGAAGGCUCUCGUGAUCGGCUCUCCCUCACCUGACCAGCAGAGGGAGCACAACAAGCUCUGUGCCCCCCCCCCCCUCAUGCUUGGCGCCUUCCUUUGUGGAGGUGCUUUAUGUACAGUUUUAAAGUUUUUGUGUUUAAUAUGUUUCUAUAAAGACAGAAAAUUGACUGGAAAGCAGUCUGUUUUAAGCAAUAAACAGCCGUGAUUACCA